GAAAUUAUUUUUGCCUCCCUGCCUGUUUUAGUUCCUGUUCCUGACCCUGGUCCUGGUCCUUGUUCUGCCUGCAUUGGUUUGGACUUGUUUUUCGCAUCAGCUAUGUUCUCCACUAGUCAUUCGGUUCUGCUGGUUCUACUGGUGAUCACCUGCUUUUAUUACUACACAGAAUGUGAUGAUGAACUCAUGACCCAUUUUUGUUUAAACGAGGAUUCACUACACAUGGAUUCCUCAACAGUGCAUGGUCAAGAAAUCUCAACAACCUCCUGUACUUCAGGCACAACGAAUUCAGGAGUGCAUGGAGCAGGAUUGUGUUGUUUUGAGUUACUUAAAAAACCAAUUCCUGCAGCAAAAAUCGCCACUGUCAAAGAAACAAGGUUCGACUGCAUCAUUCCUGGAGUCAUUGUUACAACAAAAAAGGGAUUACAGAUGUGUGCAGAUCCUGAGGUGGAUUGGUUGAAGCGGAUCAUCGAAAGCAAACGUAAACCAACAGCAUAGACUCAGACGACACAUUCAAAAAAGUCUCUACAUAAAUUAGCAUUAUUUUUUACGAUGCUUCAUUUGUAUCAUUAAUUAAAGCAAAUUGAUGUUUUAUUAAAAAUACACCUGUAACUGCAGGCACUGAUUUAUUUCCAUCUUCUACACAAAUUAAAGCACAUUUAUAACUCAUGA